AUGGGAGUGGACAGCACCAGACUGAACAUAAAGAAUAAGCAGCAGAGGCAGAAGCUGUAUGCCAAGCUCAAGCAUGAGCAGCAGAAGACGAGGCAUAAGGAGAGAAAGGCUCGUGCCAAAGAAGAGAGAGAGAACCCUGCCUUGAAGGAAGAGAGAUUGGCCACAAACGUUCCACAGACCAUAGACAGCAAGAGAGUUUUUGACGAAACGAUAGAAGCUGAGGCUGAAGGUGAAGAUGACUUCAUGGGAUAUUUUGAAGAUGCCACCAAGGAGCCCAAGGUGUUGCUCACCACCAACGCUCACGCCAAAAAGCCGGCCUAUGCGUUUGCAGACAUGUUGAUGGAUGUCGUUCCCAACGUGACUUUUGUGAAAAGAAAGAGAGAAUAUACGAUGAAGGACAUGGCUGAAUACUGCUCGAACAGAGAGUUCACCGAUUUGAUAGUGAUAAAUGAGGAUAAGAAGGCUGUCAACGGAAUCACGUUCAUCCAUCUGCCCGCUGGUCCAACCUUUUACUUUUCGGUAUCCAAUAUCAUUGACGGAAAGAGAAUCCGUGGCCACGGAAGAGCUACUGAGCAUAUUCCUGAGCUGGUGAUGAACAACUUCAACACGAGACUGGGUAAGACUGUUGGUAGACUGUUCCAGUGUCUUUUUCCCCAUCGACCAGAAUUUCAAGGAAGACAGGUAGUAACGUUACACAAUCAGAGAGACUACAUCUUUUUUAGAAGACACAGGUAUGUCUUCCGCAACGAGGAGAAGGUUGGGCUCCAGGAAUUGGGGCCUCAGUUUACACUCAAGCUUCGCAGGGUGCAAAGAGGCAUCAAAGAGGAAAUUGACUGGGAGCACCGUGCGGAUAUGGACAGAGAUAAGAGGAAAUUCUACCUGUAG